AUGGACCCCAGCUGCUCCUGUGCCACAGAUGGACCCUGCUCCUCUGCCAGCUCCUGCAAAUGCAAAGAGUACAAACGCACCCCCUGCAAGAAAAGCUACUGCUCCUGCUGCCCCAUGAGCUGUGUGAAGUGCUCCCAGGGCUGCAUCUGCAAAGAGGGUUUGGACAAGUGCAGCUGUUGUGCCUGA